AGAAAACAACGGACAGCCCUUUGACAUUGCUCAUGACGUCGCAGUGGCGGUUGCAAACAUCAUCUGCUCCAUGGCGUUCGGGAAGCGCUACGACUACGAGGAUGAAACGUUCCGAGAGCUCACUAAAGCGAUUGCCACGAUAUCAAUUGAACUCGGAGCAGGGCACAUCACCUCCGUUUUCCCCUUGCUACGGUUUGUUCCUGUCGUGAAUAGACCUAUCAUCAAAGCGUUGGAAGCUAGCUCCAAGGUCAAAAAUGUAAUGAGGGAGGAGAUAUCUCGCCAUCGCGAACACCUGGAUCGCGAGAACCCACGAGACUUCCUCGACUUAUGCUUACUGGAGCUGGAACAGCAGGAAAAGGUGGAGGGUCUGACGGAGGAGAAUGUUUUUCACAUGGCGCAGGAUCUCUUCCUCGGAGGAACUGACACAACCGCCAACACACUGACCUGGAGUCUACUCUACAUGACCUUGAACCCCGACGUCCAAAAUAAGGUCCAUGAGGAGCUUGAUGCCGUUGUUGGUGAGAGUCUGCCCGCCCUGUCCCACCGUUCCCAGCUGCCCUACGUGAAUGCCUGCCUGCUGGAGACCAUGCGGAUCCGCACGAUUGUUCCUCUUGCAAGUCACGCCACCACGCAGGAGGUCAAAGUGCAGGGUUAUGACAUUCCUAAGGGAACUCAGGUGAUGAUGAACAUGUACUCCCUCCACAUGGACCCCGCCUACUGGCCUGACCCGGACCGGUUUGACCCCGAAAGGUUUCUGGACGCAGAAGGGAACGUCAUCAAGAAGCCCGAGUCGUUCAUGCCCUUUUCAGGAGGCCGCCGCGUGUGUCUUGGUGAGCAGCUGGCCAGGAUGGAGCUUUUCCUGUUCUUCUCGACCCUGCUGCAGUCCUUCACCUUCAAGACGCCAGUGGGCGCUCCUCCCCCAAACACUGACGGGAUACCUGGGCUGACGUUUAUGCCGCAUCCGUUCCAGCUUCUUGCAAUAGAGCGUUAGUUUAUAUGCUGCACUGUCAAGCCAGGAGCCUCUUUUGGAAAAAAAGGAAAGAAUGAAGAAACAGUCGUGUGCAUUGCUUUUUCCCUUCGCGUUUUGAUCAUGUACUAUUGUCCAAGAAUCAGAACACAAUAGCUAUAGUUAAAGGCCUGCUUAAGGGCCCUAAGUUAGGCAAAUAAUGGCCGGGACGGGACAGCCUCGAGCUGUUCUAACAUGGACGAAAAGCAACGGUCUCACGGUGUGACGCCAAUCGUUCUCCGGACAGAGAGCUAGGACAUCUCAUAAUGGGUGUUAAUUCUACUUCCGAUUAGGUUUAAGUACCUUGGGAUACAGACUGCACCUUUCCCGUUUGAUUGGUGAACGUUUGUUUGUGAGUGAAGAAAUUAUCAGGCAAUGUUCGAUAGCUGCGCACCAGGGCGGAGGUUCUGAGUUGUGCGGUCAAGUGCUGUCAGAGAGAAAGUGCCUCUUGCAGUGCGUGGCUACAUGCAUGAGACCCUAAGCCUUAAACACGCAUAAUAAUAAAACACGUUUCACUAUAUUUAGAGCAGGGUAGGGGUAAUAAGACAAAUAAUAGCAUAAGUGAGUUAGAACUAUAUUUGUACUAUAUUUACAAUGUUGGGCAUAGUAAAGUUUAGUUGAUUGACUAAUUAAGAUAUGUACAAUACAUUAUUUCUACAAAUGCACUACAUUGCAAAUGAAAGGAAUAAUAUGGGCAUCAUCAUAAUAUGGGCACUUGACUACAUUGUACAUGAGGUCAAUAUAUAAUGGUAUUUAUAUAUAAGUCAAGAAUAUCCAUUCUAUGCUAAGUCAAUUUUCAUCAGACGUUUUUGGGUGGAGUGUUUGGUUAACCAUAGAAAACAUACUAGUAUCGACUGCCUUGGGGAAACCCCUGAACAAUAGACAUUAACAUCACUUAGAUCAAAGAUACAAGGAUGCAAAUUACACAUUACUAAUUGUUAGAAAACCAAAUUAAAGUUACUUAAAUAGCAUAUACAUAAAUCAUAUAAGGGAUAGAGAUGCCAUUUGGUGCUAUCACUAGCCACUAACUUUUAGGCAAUGACAAUGACUAAAAUAGGUUGAAAAGCCAU